AUGGCUGUCACACUCGGUGGAUCAAUUCGGUGCUGCGGCCAGCUCGUUACAUCCAACCCGAAAAGAAGUCUCGAAUCAACUUCCAGAGCCCCCCUGCCUUUUUGCCUCUCGCUCCAUCUUACUACGCAUUUUCCCUCGAUUAGCUUUAGUGUGAACGGAGGCUCCCGCAGCGUUCACACGCCUGCCUUUAGCCUGCGACAAAUGAUUAAUGGUCACCUUACCUUUGGCGUUGAAAAACCAAAAUGCCACCGCCUAAAAGCUCCUUCGAGGCACGGGGAUUGGCCUGGCCAUAGACUUAUCCUCAGCUGCAGCCCGGCGAAGCGUCCAAUCGUAAUUAUUGGCCGGGAUGCUAGUCAUAUGCAACUAGCGAUUACGAUUCCCCACCCCUCCUGCAUUACGGAGACAUGUGCUUCUCCUCAGCACUCGCGUUGA